UUGAUAUUUCUAUGUGCUCCUUAAAAAUACUACUACUCCAAUAGCCCCUUGCUUCUCUAAUCAAUAGGCUAAACGUUCCACUCCACUCCACUUACAAACAUAUACAAUGUCUUCUCCUACUAACCACUCCAAUCACCACAUCUUUUUUCUUUCAACCCACUAAUCUCUAAACAAACCUCAAUCAUUCCUUCAUCACUCCUUCAACAUAGGAAUUAACCUUAAACUAAACCUUUAUUCUUCUUUUCAAUACUAUUAGAGUAUAUAAUAUAUUUUGGAGUUUUAACCAUCAGCUUAUCAUGGAACAUAACACAAUAGAAGAUUCUAGAAACAUAAUCUUCAGAAAGUACGAGAUGGGAAGACUCUUAGGCCAAGGAACGUUUGCUAAGGUGUACCACGGUAAAAACAUUGUAACAUCCGAAAAUGUUGCAAUUAAAGUCAUUAGCAAACAAGCCGUGAAAAAAGCUGGUAUGAUGGAAGCAAUUGAACGAGAAAUCUCAGCCAUGAGAUUAGUUCGUCAUCCAAACGUAGUUGAAAUUCGAGAAGUUUUAGCUACAAGAGGAAAAAUAUAUUUCAUUAUGGAAUAUAUAAAAGGUGGCGAAUUAUUCAAUAAAAUUUCUAAAGGAAGACUUAAAGAAGAAUAUGCACGUAAAUAUUUUCAACAACUUAUAAGUGCAAUUGAUUAUUGUCAUAGUCGUGGUGUAUCACAUCGUGAUCUAAAACCCGAAAAUCUUCUUUUAGACGAACAUGAAAAUCUUAAAGUCUCCGAUUUCGGUCUAUCGGCGUUACCGGAGCAUCUAAGACAUGAUGGGUUGUUACAUACUCAAUGUGGGACACCCGCUUAUCUUGCUCCCGAGGUACUUACAAAAAAAGGGUAUGAUGGUGCUAAAAGUGAUAUUUGGUCAUGUGGGGUUAUUUUAUUUGCGUUACUUUCGGGUUAUUUACCUUUUCAAGACUUAAAUAUGAUGAAAAUGUACCGCAAAAUAUUUAAGGCCGAAUAUGAAUUUCCUCCUUGGUUUCCUCCCGAGGCUAAAAAGCUCGUUUCUAAGCUUUUGGUCGUAGAUCCAAAUAAAAGGCUAUCGAUACAAGGUAUUAUGAGACAAUCUUGGUUUCAAAAAGGGGUUAAACACGUAAAUUUGUUAUGUUCUGUAAAUGAAAUUAAUCAAGAUUCUGAAUUAAAAGAGGUUAAAUUGAUGUCACCACGAUUUUAUAAUGCGUUUGAGUUUAUUUCAUCUAUGUCAUCAGGGUUUGAUUUGUCAAGUUUGUUUGAGGGUAAAAAGAAAUUAGGGUCUAUGUUUACGUCUAAGUGUUCUGCUUCGGUUAUAAUGGGGAAAAUUGGGUCAUUAGCUAAAAAAUUAAAUUUUCAAGUGAGUAGUAAGGAGUUUAAAUUGAAGAUGCAGGGGCGGACUGAAGGGCGGAAAGGGAGGUUGUUGGUGACGGUCGAAGUGUUCGAGGUGGCAGCCGAGGUGGCGGUGGUGGAGCUCUCUAAGUCUUCAGGGGAUACACUUGAGUAUGUGAGGUUUUGUGAACAAGAGUUUAGGCCUGCUUUGAAAGAUAUUGUGUGGAGUUGGCAAGGGGAAUUAAGUGAUUGCCAACUUAAUUGUAAUGUUUAAGUAAUUUAUGUUUUUAGACAAAAUAUUUCUAAGUAGGAUUUAAGAUGAUCCCAUGGGAGUUUAUGUACAUAGAGGGAAGUACCUUCAAUUUAGGGCCAAAGGAACAAUACUCGGUAAUUUUUAAAGUCGUUUUUGUUUUACAUUUUUUUUUUUAAACUUUUUUGUAAGAUGGGAUUCCUUAGCUUGAUGAGUUAAUGUAAUAAUUUCCUUGUAAAUCAAGCAAAGAAUUGGAUAUCAAGCCUUGAAAUAGUUCUUAUGAAAAGGUUUGCACAAAUUUUUAAAUGAGAGAGUAUGAUGGCGUGACCAUUUUUAUUGGGUUGUAUACUUUUAGGGGGUGUUUGGUAUGAAAAGAGAAAAUGUAAGGGAAAGGGAAUUAAUAAAGAGGGGUAAGGGUAAAGGUAAGGGUUAUGGUUAUAUGUUGUUUGGUAUAACAAUGUAAGGGAAACACUUGUGUACAAAUAAUUCCCACUUUGCAUUAUGUGGGAAAAUAUUUCCCACAA